AUGUCAUCACCCCCCGACGAUCUCUGGAACCAGAACCUUCCAGUAGAUCCACCGGCUUAUUAUGAUAAAGUAGCAUACUACAUCACUCAGAAGAAAUCUAUGAAGCUCCUCGCAGAGGCAGUCAAAGCUCACUCCUCUUUCAAUUUCAGUGUACUCAAGCACGCCUCAAAGCAAACGGAAAAGGAUCAGGCGAUGAAUAUCGAGGCUCUCCAGAUAGUGAUGGGGAUGACACGAGAGAGAUUGGUAAAAAGGGUCAAGCGCAUUAAGUUGAUCGAAGAGCCGGAGGCAAUGAGGCAAUUCUCGCCAGGACAACAACAGCUAAAGCACUUCAUAGGAUAUAGCUUCAAGGCUUUCAAGACUUUGGAUUUAGGACAGCGAACCAAGCUGAGUACGGCUUUGGGCAGGUUUUAUGAGAUCGAAAUGGUUUUGAAAGAAUGGGAAAAGGGAAACCAAGGUCUUGAAUUCGAAAAACCAGUCAAACGAUUGCUGCGCGCUAUGGUCGAUGCAUUCAUUGUGUUGGACAUACUUUUUGCCACAGUUAAUGCCUUGUGGAAGAAAGAAGCGGAAGCUGUCCAAAAGGCGGAUGGAGAAAAUGGCCCGGUGUUCUUUUGGCUCGCUGGCGCAUAUAUGACCUUACGGAACAUGGAUAGUCUUGACAGGCCAGACUACCUGAAGAGAAGAUACACAAGUUUGAAGCAGCGGAUCAUGCGCGCUGGGGCAGUCCAAGCGAAUGGUUUCGUGCCCGAUUUGUUCGCCUAUUCCAUCCUCUUUGGAAUCGAUGGCAAAGGAGCCACAGUAUUGCUACAUCAAGCGCGGGACCAAACGCUGGAAGAAUUCGCUAGACUAUGUGAAGGUUAUUCAUCGGAAGACUCUCAAAUGUCAAGAGUAGUUGCACCGCCCAAUUGCUCUCCUAGUCAUGAUGCAUAUCCGGAUCCUCACGCCGCCCCUGCUAGCCUCCAUAUGUCUGGCGCCCUCCAAGACAAUGACGACCGCUGGACAGGACCCAUAUUCCCUCAUUCUGUUGAUGAAGAUAGUUCCAUAAUCAGGACUAUGGAGUCCCGACGCAUAAUAAGUGAGGACAGCAACAUUCAACCGGCAGUCAGGACAUACAGUUCCGACAGCCCUAUGUCUACCACUGACCUAGAGGACCUAUACUACCUCGAGCUCUAUGGCAAUAUACUCUAG